CCGCUCUGUGUAACGGGGAAGAAGCCUCAGUCGGAUAUAUUCUGAAGGCUGUGUUAAUAUAAACUAUUAAUUUUUAAAAUUUUCAGUUUGGGUUACGAACGAUUUUUGUGGAAAGAGAUUAUGCUUUCACCAAAGGCGGCUUGUCUGGUUUGUUAGAAAGUAGCAAACGUAUUUGUUCGAUUGCUCUUGGCUUAAUUGGUCAUUUGUUUGUUAAUAAAAUGUGAUUUUGGUUAUGUUUCUGAAAGUUUCUGUUGUAAAAUAACGUCUACGUGGUAGUUUGUUUCUAUAAGUCCAGAAUUGGAGUCGGGACUAAUCAUAAAUCCUAAUACGCAGAUGGAGUUUGUGAUCCAGCACACUUGGGAUAGCGACCCUGUGAAUCAUGACCCUAUCAGGAUUGUUUUCUCUCCCGGUGAAGGAGGGCUGAAGAUGCAGGUGUUUGGUCCCUUCUUCAAUGACCCAGCAGCCCCUCCAGGACCCCCUGGCCAGCCCUUCCCUGGACUCUGGGAUUAUGAGGUUGCGGAGUCCUUCUUCCUUGAUAGUACUACUGAAAAUUACCUAGAGGUGGAGGUUUGUCCACAUGGACAGCACCUGAUAUUAUUGCUGUCUGGAGUCGGCCAAGCAUUCCAGCAACAACUGCCCAUGGUGUUUGGCGCCACAAUCACAGGGGACAAGUGGAUGGGUGAGGCUCUCAUCCCCUGGUCGUACUUCCCUCCCAAUGUCAACAAGAUGAACUCUUAUGCCAUCCACGGCUCUGGAGAGAACCGUACAUAUGAGGCUCUCUACCCCAUCCCCAAAGAGGAGAUAGUGGAAGGGCAAAAACCCAACUUCCACCGCCUGGAGUAUUUCCAAAAUUUCCGCCUGCAAAGCAUCAUGGGAGAAGGUUGGGUCCAGCCAGAGUCUGAUUUGUGGAAGGGAAAGCCGUGAGCUUUUCAAAAACACUCCCUUUUGUCUGUCUCUCUCUUGCAUACACAGACACACACACACACAUACAUGAACACACAUACACCAUGGCUGCAGGGUUAUAGUACAAACACUCAUUGACAGAGAACAAAGGGCAAUCAAUCUUUAUUAGUUAAUGAUGUGAAAUGAUAUGACAAGGAAUAUGUUAUCAGCUUGUCAGUGCGCAUUAGCCUUCACACACAUCCAUGGAAGCACGCAGACACACACACACACACACACACACACAUCACAAGGUAUUGGACGUCGCCUUAAAUUGCCUCGGCAGUGUGUGACCUAGAGCGGUUACACUGUGCAUGGUGGCAACGAAUGCUCACUUUGACAUUCAGCUUCUGUGUAGCCUGUGCAUUUCACUUCAGUGAGAUAAACCACAGCAGGUUCUGUGAUUCUUUGCCCUGACUGCCAGGACACACACACACACACACACACACACACACACACACACACACACACACACAAACACACAAACGAUCAUACACACACCACUGAAGUGAAAAAUCUGUUCUCCAGAGAUACGUGCCAGAGCUUUUGAUGUAGUGCUCUAUUGUAAUUAGAUCCUUUUGCAAUCAUUCCAAUCCCUUUGUCAUUUCCUUUUACAAUUAAAUGUGUCAAUAUAUUGAUUACAUAGUGCUGAUGAAGUGUUUUUGUAAUUUUUUUUCCUAUGUGACUGUUUGGCAAAUGUCAAUUUAAUUUGAUUUCUGAUGUAUGAUCAUGUUUCAGUGCCAUGUCUGUCUAUUAAAGCAAUGCUUUCUGAAA